GCGGAGUGCGCACGUGAGGCAGGCUCUUCCAUUUCUUCGAGUACUUACCUACAUCAACUCUCAUAAAUAUAAAGUAACUGAGUUGUGAAUCUAUUUCUUGGGAGAGAGGGAAAUAAAACAAAACGGAGGCCGGCCAUAUUACGCGAACGCUGAUUACAUAUAUAUUCGUACACACACAUACGUCCAUGUGUAGAAGGUGAAGGAGGAGGAGGAGUAAGAGAGAAACAUAUAUUAUAGAGAGAUAUUACACAUAUAGGUACACACGUAUGUAUACAAGAGGCGACGACGUGAAGUUCAUGUGCUGCUGCUGCUGAGGAGUCUUUUCUCAGAUAGAACGAGUAGUAUACAGGUGCUCUCUCUUUUUCUCCUGUGAAACGUGAGAGAAGAGAGAGCCAAAAAAAACAAGAAAAUAACACGUCGCCAAAGACUCGCUAGAAGAGUGAGUACCCCAAGGUAUACAAAAUGUCAGGCUACUCAAGGACACAAGAAAGCGAUGCCUGGGCACUACUGGCACUCAAAUCGGCACCAGCUAGUCCCUCCAAGAUUCAAUGGAAUCCAGAGCCCAAUGCACCAAUUGCACGAUUGGAGGGCCGAGAGUUUGAAUACUUGGUUCGAAAAGGGAAGGUCACCAUUGGCAGGAACAGCAGUAGAGGAGAAGUCGAUGUCAACAUGGGACACUCCAGCUUCAUAUCACGAAGGCAUAUGGAAAUAGUCUAUGACCAUCCAAAUUUUUUAAUGACUUGCAAUGGAAAAAACGGAGUCUUUGUGGAUGGAGCAUUUCAGCGCAAGGGAGUUAAUGUAACAUUGCCAAAGAUGUGUGUAUUUAGAUUUCCAAGUACAAAUAUAAAGCUCUCGUUUCAAUCUUUAAUAGACGACCUGGAUCAGAAUAACAUACAAAGGCUAUUAGGCUCACCUCCCAAGCAACGCGCUCCUCUGCCUCCUCUUCGAAUCAAUAUUCCAGAUUCAAACUACAGCAGUCCUCUCCCAUCACCUACAGGCACGAUAAGUGCCGCUAAUUCAUGCCCAGCAAGUCCUCGGUCGGGUCGACGAAAUAUAUCCGCGGAUAUCUCCCAGGAUCUGCAAUCAGCUGUGUAUGCAGUUGCCAAUAGUGAUCCUCAAAACACACUAGUGGAGAGGCACGAGAUAACGCAAAGCACUAGUCGUCAACUUAGUCCUGAACCUGGUUUUAGAGGUGGGAUAGCUGGUGGAGGAGGAGGAGGAUUGCACGCUAAUGGCAACGCGUCUGGAGCACAUUAUAGCCCACCAAAGGAUGAUUCAAAGCCACCGUACUCUUAUGCUCAGUUGAUCGUUCAAGCAAUAGCUUCAGCACACGACAAGCAGCUAACGUUGUCUGGAAUUUAUUCCUACAUAACGAAAAACUACCCGUACUACAGAACAGCGGACAAGGGCUGGCAGAACUCGAUAAGGCAUAAUCUGUCUCUGAACAGAUAUUUCAUCAAGGUGCCAAGAAGUCAAGAAGAACCCGGUAAAGGAUCAUUUUGGAGAAUAGAUCCGCAGUCUGAAGUCAAGCUGAUAGAGCAAGCAUUUCGACGGAGAAGGCAACGAGGUGUGCCGUGUUUCCGAGCUCCGUUUGGCUUAUCGUCCAGGAGCGCCCCGGCCUCUCCUUCGCAUGGGGGUAUCAGUGGUAUAAUGACUCCCGAGUGUCUAAGUAGAGAAGGUUCGCCCGGUCCGGAAUCGUAUCCUGAUAGCUCGGUACCUUCUCCUGCCGGUCAGCUGAGUAGUCAAUCGGCUCCCGGUUCUCCUGGUCAUCCUUACGCUCCACCGCCUCUGCAUAAACCGCGUUUGAUGCCACAAGUCACCGUUGCAACUAACGGCGUUAAUAGUGAUAAUAGAGACGAUUCGUAUCUAAGGAGACAUUUGUAUUUUACAGAUAAGUAUUUAAUUCCUCAAAGUGUUACUGAAGAGCACGCUUUAUCGCCAGCUGGCCAGUACAGUCCAGCUCCUGUUAUUGUACAAACAAAUUAUAAUUACAGUGGAAAUUAUAUGAGUCCUGACGCAGGCGUUGGGUUGGGCAAGCGAGCAGUUCAUGAGGAGCCAGAUAGUUCACCAGGAUCUCCAGCACCGUUGGCAAUCGUUGAAAGUCCCGAGCCGAUUGAUCAGCAGCAGCACCAGCACCAGCAAGCAUUGCAGUCUCUGCCGAAACGCCAACGCUUACACGAAGCCGACGAGCACUGAACACUGCGUAUCAGUAUAAGGAAAGCUCAACCAUGCGCUCUCGCUGCACACCAGAACAACAAGUCUUUUGCUUUUCUUUCGUACGUAGUACAACUCGCAUUCAUAAUUAAAAUGAAUAAAAUAAAUUUUCCUCCGUGCCAGUCUACCUGUCUGUUGUGAUCUUCGUGCGUUAUCAAUCAUUAUUAUAAACAAUAUUGGUCGCUACUUCAAAAGACAGGACAGGAGAAUAUGUUGACUAUGGUGUCGCGAAUCAAUCGUAUGUUGGCUCGAUUCUAGUUCUUUAUAUUUUUUUGAUUCGCGAAACGAUCAAUAAUUUAAUAUCUGUUAUUAUUGUGUACGAAAGUGAAUUGAAAAAAAAAAAAUAAUAAAAUGAAGAAAUUGGCGAUGUUGAAGAGACAAUGCGAAAGUGUUAGAGUUAUAAACUUGAUAAUUGAUAUUUAUUUUUUAGGAAAAACAAAUUAUAAAUUGAUUGGUUGUUUUUGUUGCUUGGAAAAAAAAAAAAUAUAUUAAAUAGUCUCUUUCUUAUUUGCUAGGUGAUGUAUGUCGAUUUUUAAUUCACUUUUUAAUUUUUAAUAUUGGAUUGUGAAUUAUAGAUCACCGUUUACUUCAUCUCGUUAAGUUUUAUGCAAUCAAAGUACUGCUGCAAUGAAUAUAGUAUUUUUUUCUUUUUGAGCGGCUGGACAAAAAAUAAAUAAUGAAUAUGCUAAACAUAGUUAGAAAACAAAUUGGUCUCACAAAUCAUAAUUUUUUUAUUUGCGCGACCCUGCUUCGAAACGUUUUUUGCUUUGAAACAGGUUUACAUAUAUAUAUAGUUUAGGUACUAAAAAAAUUAUUAAACAAUUCAGGAGAUUUAUUUGUUUAUCAUAGUUAUUGUACAAAGAAAAUAUUGCAAGUGUAAGAAUCUUAUAAUUGCAAUGAUAAAAUCAGUAACUUUUUUUUUUUUUUUUUUUUCUUGAAAUGUAUCUAAAGAAAACCGAAAAUCGCUGGCCAAUGAUUUCAAAAAUGUGCCUGCCGCCCUACAAAAGCUAGAGAACAGGAGAGUUAAGGUAUAGGAUCGAUAUACUAUAUUUGUACCAAAAAUAAAAUGAAUAUCUUAUGGAUUAUAAAAUUUUUGUUAAAAAAAAAAAAGUUGCGUUUGUUGAUUGCAAACGAGUUAAUGAUAUAUAUAUAUAUAGUAAAAAAAAAAAAAUACUUAUUGGUGUGUUUUAAGCUUGUAACGACGACGUUUUCUUGCAAGUUACGAAUUAGUUUGUGACGCGAGCAAAAAAAAAGCGACGACGCAAAGUAUCUGAUGAUAGUUGAUGUAUAAAUUAGAAACGACAAGGCAAGGAAAGCGCGUAAUUUUUACCAAUAAGAAAGCAUUCGAACGGUGCACUUGUAGAAAUAUGUAUAGAUAGAGAUCGUAUAGCAAAUUUUUCAAUCGUCUUAUACCCGAAGCUUUCCUUUAUUUCUAAAAAGUAUCUUUUAUAAAACUUGUUGCUUCGCAAUAUUUUUAUCUUUUUUUUUUUUUUUUUUUUUUUUUUUUUUUUUUUUUUUUUUAGUAUCAUCUAGUGUAAUCGGUUGCACGUGUUUUUGUUAUUUUUUUUUUUUCUUUUGCUUUGUUGGAGAACGUUUGCCAAGUAAUGGUGACGAAAGCCUGCGCUUAUGCAAAAGAUACAGUAAGAAUGUAGCAAAUGAAACUAAAUGCGUGUAUGUGCAUACAAUCAUAGUCGUAUAAUUAAACGUACACAUAUUAAUUAUACGAUCAAUAAAAAGCAAAGUGAUAUUUAAAUUGAGUUUGUUUGUUCGAGUUACGAAGCGUCAAUCAGGAUCAUCCUCAAUAUAUUAUAUUCCGAACCUGAGCUUAUGAUAUAUGAUUUUUCAGCACCAAAGUUUUUACACGGCAGAAAAAACACCCUUUGAUAUUUCCAACGUGCCCAUUGGGAAGAAAAAAAAAAAGAUGACUGUACUAUAAGCAUAUAGGCUGUAGGUGUAAUCAAUAAACAUUACACUUAAAAUAUUGAAAUAAAUAUAUAUAUAUAAAUGAGUAAAUAAAUAAUAUCAUGUUGAAAAAUGCGAGACUCGUAGUCUCGACUCGCGUCCUUUUUCUAGAAAUUAAAUGAUAACUUUUGGUGAAGUUCUUAAAGAUUAUAGUUCUAAUUAUACAUGUUUCACUCAUCUCUGCGGCUCCCCUGGGAGUGAGACCUCCCGACGGAACGACAAAUAAAUUUUUUUUUGUUGACCAUCACAAGCUUUACUGAUAGUCGUAUUAGACCUGAAAAAAAAAAAAUUAUAAUAGAUACCUGUUAGUUUGCCUUAUGACGUAGAGGGAAAAAAUUUAAGAAACGACGAUUUUAUCUCAAGUCCGAAAGCUGUUGAAGUAAAACCAGAACCAAAAACGAGGUUCUCCACUACUUUUUCCACUUAUAAUCUACUAGUGUUCAACGUAAUACUCUGUAAUCCGUUCGUAAUCUUUAAAUUUAUUUAAAUUGUGCCAUUUAUAGCCAUUGCGCGUGUGGUUUCAACCGUACUGUCUCGAAAAGUUGUCGACGAGAUAUUACUUCAAAAUCAUCCCUGUUAGUCGUUGAUCUCUAUCAUCAACACUACAACUUGCGCGUCCGGCCACCUUAAUCAGGGGACAAUUUUUUUUUUUAAUACGUUACGCUUGAUGUGGAUAAAAUUUCGUUUACAGUAGUCUCGAUACUUUUAUCAUAACUAAUCAAUCGAUUAAAAUAUGUUUUAUUUUUGUUCUAUUUUGAUCUGAAAUUACCCGUGUAUUUGACGAACCAAGGAAAAACAGCCGUUUUUAAUGUUAUUGAAAUUUAUACCUUGAAAACUCAUUCUCGUUGUACAUGGUAGUAUUUUUUCAGACGUUUUUUCCAUGUAACGAGCAAUGGAAAGGUAAUUGGCUACAAGUGUUGACUAGAUAAAUCAGAUUUACCGUCUAUUCCGCCAUUAGUAGUGAUGCAGCCCGCGAAUUCCUCUCUUUUUCUUUUGUUCGGAAAACUCGUAUCGAUCGCUGUGCAUUUCAAGUUAACUGAAUCAGGUGGUGUUUUUCUCGGAUAAACGCGUAUAAAUAACUGCGUUGCUGUAUGUCUAAGACACGCGUGUUCCGCACCGAGAGAAUAACAGGACAAAGUUGCAAGGCUUUUUUACCGUGUUUUCGUAAACGCUAUUUACUUAAUAAGUAAAAUUUUUAUCUAUAUUUAAAUUUUCGUCGUGGAUGGGCCCAAGAAUUAAAUUUCUCGUCGCAGGAACGGUUUUUAGCUCCGGUUACACGAAUGUUGAAUAAAUCAUGCAGUUGAGAAUAAUUUUCUUUUCCGUCUCGAGUCCUGUGGGAGCUGCACGCUUUUUAUCUCGUUUUUUUCUUUUUCUAUUUUUCUCCCCCGUAGUCGAGUUUUGGUAUUUGCCGUCGUUUCAACUCGCGUUUAAUCAAAUUUACUCAUUCGGUAAGCCCCUAAAACUGGACUGUUUCAAAAAUCUCGAUGUUUGUACAUGUACCUACUUACUUCUUUGGAAUUUCACCCCAAGUUCUCGACCGAACGAGAGUUGAACAACCUAAAUUUAACCAAAGUAGAUUUUAUCUAAGAAGUCCAUAUUACAUGUAUAUAUACGUAUACACGCAUACACAUAAUUAUAUACAUACGUAUAGUAAGUCGAAAUUAUUUUUUUAGAUUUUUAAAUGCAUUUAAUGAUAACGUUUCGUAACUUAUAACGUUCUCGCGAGAUGUGUCUAAUCCAAUCGUAAAUUAACGUGUUGUUGGAAUCAAAAUUAAAAACUUGUGUAUUAUUAACACGUGUGUACAUGUUACGUCUAAUACCUACCUAUUAGAAAAUUGGCAAAAAUAAAAAAUAAAACCAUUAAACACACAAUGACUAGUGAAUUUCCAAGUGUAUUUUUCUUUUUGUUUGUUUUUUUAAAAGAAAGUGACAUUUCAACUAACACCUCGGUUGUAAAGCUUAGUAUUUAGAGUUUUUAUGAUAUCCCGAACGACGCAAUAUUAUCUUAUUGAAUGGAUUAAAAAGAAAAAAAAAACAAAAAGAAGCAACAACAAUAAUAUUGACAAAACGAUGCUGAGAAAAGUUUAGCGAGGUAUACAAAGUUGAGUAAGUACUUGUGCUUAACGCGUCAGUGUGUCGGAAGAGGAUAAAAUAAUUACAUAUUAACAGCAAACGAUCUCUAUUUUUGUCGUAAGGAAGAAAGGAACUUUGCAGUAAAUUCGACGAUUCCUCGUUUUUCGACAGUAAACAUCCAACAUUAUUUAUUAUUAUUUUUUUUUUUUACAACGCCAAUUCAACCGUUGUAAAUAACCGAACGAAACGUCAAUGCUCGAAAAAUCACCACUGCGAGGAAAGUUCAUUGUUUUCGAAAGUACAAAGAAACUUGACGUGUAUAGUUUCGUUUUCCGCGUUUUCCUUUUUUCCACCGACAACACGAAAACGAUAUUUUUCCCCCCCUCGUCAACGCAUCAUAAUUUGUACCGUUGCGGGGAAAAAAAGUGAGAAAUCAAUAUUGAGUGAUAUGCGUGUGUCCGUUCAUCAUAAACACGACUUGUGUAAAACACAACAAAAGAAGAAGAAGAAGAAGAAAAGAUCGGAGAGUACUCGACCAAAUUGUGAUUGGCGACUUUGCGAUGGUAAUUGUGCACGUACAACAAAAUCGGCGGGUCGAGAAUAGGGUGACGAAUGAUAUUGGCGGUUGUUGACACUGUAUCGAACAAAGUUACGGGAUAACGUACUCCCCUCCGAUCAAAAGAGAAAAAAAUAAUAAUAUUUGGAUACUAAAGUAAUAUUGUGUGAGAGAUGAGAAACUAUGAGAGUGUACGUGUGAAUGAUUCUCGAUAUUUUGUAUAAAGAAAUGCGCGGAAAGAAAAAGAACCGAUGACGACUCUUUGAGAGAGUCUGAUGGGGAUCACAGGAGUAUUGGUGCGCGUGUGAGAAAAAAAACAAAAAAAAAAAAAAAAAA